AUGACUACUUCAUGGAGUGACCGACUUCAGAAUUACGCAGACCUUCCUGCCAACAUGGACAGAAUGACAAUGAAAAAAUACAGACGAGAGCCCUACCAUAGUUUCAAGAUCGCUAGUAACACAAACUUCUGUGUCUUCUCUAGAGUGUUUGUCAACAGAAGCUUGGCAAUGGAGAAGAUUAAGUGCUUUGGCUUUGAUAUGGAUUACACUUUGGCAGUGUAUAAAUCACCAGAAUAUGAGUCGCUUGGAUUUGAGCUGACAGUGGAGCGUCUGGUUUCCAUCGGUUAUCCCCAGGAGCUGUUCAGCUUCGUCUACGAUCCAUCCUUUCCUACCAGGGGCCUUGUUUUUGACACCAUGUAUGGGAACCUGUUGAAGGUUGACGCCUACGGUAAUAUUCUGGUCUGCGUCCACGGAUUCAACUUCCUCAGAGGCCCCGAGAUCCGUGAGCGCUACCCAAACAAGUUCAUCCAAAGGGAUGAUACUGAGCGCUUUUAUAUUCUUAACACACUCUUUAACCUACCGGAGACGUACCUCUUUGCAUGUUUAGUGGAUUUCUUCUCCAACUGUGAUAGAUACACAAGCUGCGAGACUGGCUUUAAGGACGGUGACCUUUUCAUGUCUUACAAGAGCAUGUUCCAGGAUGUCCGCGAUGCUGUUGACUGGGUCCACUUUAAGGGAACAUUAAAGGAGAAAACUGUGGAAAACCUCGAGAAGUAUGUUGUGAAAGAUGGAAAGUUGCCUCUCCUGCUCAGCCGGAUGAAUGAAGUUGCCAAAGUGUUUUUGGCUACCAACAGUGAUUACAAGUACACUGAUAAAAUCAUGACCUACCUGUUUGACUUCCCGCAUGGUCCAAAGCCUGGUACUUCACACAGACCAUGGCAGUCUUACUUUGACCUCAUCUUAGUGGAUGCCAGAAAGCCGCUGUUCUUCGGUGAAGGGACGGUCCUUCGACAAGUGGACACGACCACAGGUCGACUCAAGAUUGGCACCUACACAGGACCCCUGCAGCAUGGAAUCGUCUACUCCGGAGGCUCCUCAGACAUUGUGUGCGACUUGCUCGGGGCCAAAGGCAAGGAUAUUGUGUACAUUGGAGACCAUAUUUUUGGAGACAUACUCAAGUCCAAGAAACGCCAAGGGUGGAGGACGUUCCUAGUUAUUCCUGAACUCGCCCAAGAGCUGCACGUGUGGACCGACAAGAGUUCUUUGUUUGAGGAACUGCAAGGUCUGGACAUUUUCUUGGCAGAACUAUACAAGCAUCUGGACAGCAGCAGCAACGAAAGGCCUGAUAUCAGCACUAUUCAGAGAAGAGUCAAGAAAGUCACCCAUGACAUGGACAUGUGCUACGGCAUGAUGGGCAGCCUUUUCCGCAGCGGCUCCAGGCAGACUCUGUUUGCCUCCCAAGUGAUGCGAUACGCAGAUCUCUACGCAGCUUCCUUCAUCAACCUGCUCUAUUAUCCGUUCAGCUACCUCUUCAGAGCUGCACAUGUACUUAUGCCCCACGAGUCGACGGUGGAGCACACGCACGUGGACAUUGCCGCCGAGUCGCCGAUGGCCACACGCAACCGCAACCACUGUAGCGACUGCAAAGAACUGGAAUGCAAACGCAACCAGUUGACCCGCUCAUUCAGUGAGAUCAAGCCUCCCAACCUGUUCCCUCAGACACCGCAGGAGAUCACCCACUGCCACGAUGAAGAUGAUGAUGAGGAGGAGGAAGAAGAAGAGGAGUAA